UGGGGAGAAGACAGGUCUGGUGUGUUGGAGAUAAAGAAUGGCGUCUGCUGCUCUAGGAGACGAGCUGAGCUGCUCCAUCUGCCUGAACUUUUAUACAGAGCCGGUGUCACUGAGAUGUGAACACAACUUCUGCGGGGAUUGUAUUGUGACUGCUCUGGAUACACAGGAGGGGUCCGGAGUUUAUUCCUGUCCGGAGUGCAGAGAUGAGUAUGUAGAGCGCCCUCCUCUGGAGAAGAACAGGAAGCUGUGUAACAUUGUGGAGAACUUCAGAUCUACACAACAAAAGGAGGAGAAAAGUGAGAUCCUCUGUACGUAUUGUGUGGAUUCUCCGGCAGUUGCUGUGAAGACUUGUCUGCAGUGUGAGACUUCUAUGUGUGAUAAACACCUGACAGCCCACAACAAGGCAGUGGAGCAUGUGUUGAUAGAACCCACCUCGUCCUUCAGUAGUAAAAAAUGCUCCAUCCACAAGAAGCUUCUGGAGUAUUACUGCUCCGAGGACGCCGUCUGUCUAUGUGUGUCCUGCUGUUUGGUGGGGAAACAUAAAGGACAUGAAGUAGAACUUCUAGAAGAAGCUUUGGAAAAGAAGGAGAAACUGAGAAAUGUUUUAGAAAAGAUGACUGUGAAGAGCGAGGAAACUGAGAAGAAAAUUCUGAAUCUACAGGACCACAUGACAAAAUCGCAAGAAAAAGUAGACGAUGAGAAGAAGAGAGUCACUGCCCUGUUUGAGGACAUUAGAAGACAGCUGGAGGUCCAGGAACAGAGAGUCCUGAGUGAGAUCUCCAGGCAGGUAGAGGAGGUCUCAUUGUCAGUCACUCGUCUCACCAAACAGUUGGAGAUACAGAAUGAUGAGCUGUCCAGGAAAAUUGGUUACUUUGAGAAGUUGUGUAACGUGACUGACCCAAUAACUGUUCUACAAGAUGCGGAAUCGGACACUGAUGAAGUCCUACAAGAUCAGGAAUCUGACACAGGUGACGAGAAUGUGGUGGAAUCUUCUGUCCAUGAUCUGGAUGAUUUUAUGAUCUCUCUUGUGUUGCACAAAUCUAUAACUGAUCUUAUCACUAAUAUGCAAUUAAAAACCCGCUUCAAUAUACAGGAUGGAACUGAUCUGCGACUGGAUGAAAAAACUGCCCACACAUCUGUGGCUUUAUCUGAUGACCUGAGAACAGCAUCCUUUUCUAAAAUGGAGCAGAAUAGGCCAGAAUUACCACAGAGAUUUACAAAAUACAAUCAGGUGAUGAGUGUGGAGAGUUUUUCCCAUGGGAGACAUUACUGGGAAGUAGAGGUCGGUGACUGUAGGGAUUGGGAUGUGGCUGUUUGCUAUCCCAGUAUAGAGAGAGAUGGUGAUGAGUCUGGUAUUGGGCAUAAUAACAAGUCCUGGAGUCCUUGCAUAUAUGAAAAUAAUGAAUAUGCAUCUCUACAUGACUCUCAGGGACAGGAGUUAUACCCGGAGUGUCCUGUGAAAAGAUUGGGAAUAUAUUUGGAUUAUGAAGGCGGCCGUCUGUCCUUCUACCAGCUGAGUGACCCAAUCGGACACCUCCACACCUUCACCACCACCUUCACCGAACCCCUCCAUGCUGCUUUCUAUCUGGAUGAGGAAGCCUGGGUGAAGAUUGUAUCUCCGGUAUUUUCUAUAAAAUCAUAA